ACACGCGUUGCGAUGCCCUUGCUGUCAAACGAGCUCCCCUCUUACAGUGGGCCCUACCGUGUGGGCGCCGUCGACAUCGAGGCGCCAUGCGAUGGCCGUCUCGUCCAUACUGCGACCCAUCGCACCCACGGUGCGCCCGCCUUCCAACUCGACACCGUCCUCUUCACCCUGUACUACCCAGCCUGCCCAGACUCCCAAAGCACAAAAGAGCGGCAUCGAUGGCUGUUAGAGCCCGCACGGAUUCGUGGUAAGGGCCUUGCUCGCCUCGCCAACCUCUCCAAUUGGGUCAUCGAUCGCGUGUUCACCUUCCUGCUAUGGGCUUUCGUCGGCAGCCUCUAUAUCCCCGCCGACGUCGAUAUCCCACUACGAGACCCUAACGAUAGCGCAGCGCCGCCCCAAUACCCCGUUAUUGUGUUUAGCCACGGCAUGGCUGCCUCACGCACCGACUACACCCAGCUCUCCGGCGAGCUGGCCUCGCGCGGGUGCAUUGUCGCUGCAAUUGAACACCGAGAUGGGAGCGGCCCCGGAAGCACAGUGCGACGCGGAAUCGGUCGCAGAGGGAGCGUCUUCUCGACCGACCCUCGCCCUGGUGCUGGCAUCCGCAGCCUUCCAAGUGUGCUGCACUUUUCCACACACCACCUACAACACAGUGAGACCUUUGAUAGAGCAACACUCCAGCAGGUGCAGCUAUCUUACCGCAAGGCCGAAAUAGAGGAGACGAUCCACGUCUUGCGAAUGCUGGCCAACGGGGAAGGAGAGGAUGUAUUCCGGCACAACGCGCGCGGCGAGGGCGCUCACCUCUCAGAGUGGCAAGGGAGGCUUAAUAUCGACCAGAUAAUUCUAGCAGGGCACUCGUACGGUGCGACAGGGACCCUGCGCACUUGUCUAGGCGCACCAAGCCCCCCAUUACCCAUCGCCGGCUGUGUCGCGCUGGACCCAGGGAAGUCAAGCGGGCCGCUGAACGACGACAUCGCAGUCCCGCUACUCAUCAUCCACUCGCAAAGUUGGAGCCGCAAGUUUAGUGUCUUCAUGGGCAGGCCGCACUUCGACGUCGUGAAGGAGCUGGCGCAGAAAUGUCUCCGGAGAACCGGCGCUGCCUGGUUCAUGACCAGUCUCGGGACCAGCCAUCCUAGCUGCACCGAUGCGCCUGUCAUCCAACCACUUUUACUCGGCUGGGCUACUGGAGCUACAAUCGCCGCGGAUGAGGGCGUCACGCAGUACGUCCGCCGCAUCCAGGAGUUUGUCUACUACGUUCUCACGGGCGAGGCUACAGGCUUGCUGGCGCAGGGGGAGACGCACACUUGUUAUCACGAGUCCGCGCUUGUCCCGUGGACCAAGGUAUACGGCCCUCGCGACUGGACCAAGGACUGGCAGAUACAUGUGGCGCCGCCGGCCAAGGACACACCGGCCAGUGAGUCGGGCAGGUUGAACUAG